AUGUGUGACAGUGUGAAAACUCGCUUGCAAGUCCAAGUAAAAUCUACGAAGUUGACGAAUGGAAAUGCCAACCACGAUGACCAUCAACACUACGACUCCACGAUUGAUGCGAUUAAGAAGAUAGUUGCCCACGAAGGCAUCGAAGGCCUAUAUUCCGGGAUUCAUGGCUCCCUUGUUGGCGUGGCGUCGACUAAUUUUGCGUAUUUCUACUGGUAUUCAAUCGUGCGAACCCUCUAUAUGAAAUCAAGCCUUCCUCAUCCCCCAAAUACCGCCAUUGAACUAUCCUUGGGUGCGAUCGCAGGAGCUAUCGCCCAAGUCUUUACCAUACCAGUCUCUGUCAUUACGACAAGACAACAGACGCAAAAGAGAGGCGAAAAGAAAGCUUUUAUGGAAACUGGAAAAGAAGUUAUUAAUAGCGAAGACGGCUGGAGUGGAUUAUGGAGAGGCCUGAAAGCCAGUCUCGUCCUUGUUGUAAAUCCUGCAAUCACGUACGGCGCCUAUCAAAGGCUGAGGGAUGUCAUAUUCCCCGGCAAAGCAAACUUGCGGCCGUGGGAAGCUUUCGUUUUGGGAGCGUUAUCGAAGUCACUUGCUACCAUUGCGACCCAGCCAUUGAUUGUUGCAAAGGUUGGCUUGCAGUCUCGCCCGCCUCCAUCAAGGGAAGGAAAACCUUUCAAGACUUUCGGCGAAGUUAUGGCGUACAUCAUUGAACAUGAAGGUCUUCUAGCUCUAUUCAAAGGAAUCGGACCUCAAAUCGUCAAAGGAGUUUUGGUCCAAGGUUUGCUGAUGAUGACCAAAGAAAGGUAA